AUGUUCAACCUCAUCGGAUCCAAGACCGCCACUCUUGCUGCCACCGCCGUCACCAGAAACAUCGCCCUUCGCUCGUCCACCCUCGCCGCCAGCCGACCUCUCGUCGUCCCGACCCAGCUCAGCCAGGUUCGCACCCUCCGAUCCCUCGCCGACCUCGAAAAGAUGGCCGCUCCUGCUACCACGCCCGCCGCCGCCGCCGCCACUGCCACCGCCACCCCGGCUCAGCACGGCUCUAUCCUCCCCUCCAAGAUCAAGCCCAAGGUCUCGGCAUCGGCGCCCCCUCCGCCCUCGAUCAUCCUCACCCUCUCCGGCCCCGAUGGCCCCGGCAUCGUCCACUCCAUCUCCGGCUUCCUCGCCCGCCGCAACAUGAACAUCAUGGACUCGGCCCAGUUCGGUGACCCCACCACCGGCACCUUCUUUAUGCGCAUCCACGCCUCGGAGCCCGAGUCGGCCGACGGCACCUACGCCGACCCCAAGGCCGAGGGCUACGCCGCCCAGCGCGCCGCCUUUAUCGAAAAGGUCCAGCGCGAGUUCCAGGAGGAGUUUGCCACCGCCGCAGAGGUCAGCGUCAAGAUUUACGGCGCAGAGGAAAAGCCCCGCACCCUCAUCAUGGUCUCCAAGAUCGGCCACUGCCUCAACGACCUCCUCUUCCGCAUCUCCUCCAACACGCUCCCGAUCGAGGUGCCCCUCAUCAUCUCCAACCACCCCGACUACGCGCCCCUCGCCGCCGCCCACGGCAUCCCCUUCUACCACCUCCCCAUCGACCCGGCCAGCGGAAAGACAAAGGAGUGGCAGGAGUCCGAGAUGGUCAAGCUGGCCAAGCAGUACGGCGUCGAGAUGAUUGUCCUCGCCCGCUACAUGCAGAUCCUCUCGCCCCAGCUGUGCCAGAUCUUUUCGGGCCGCAUCAUCAACAUCCACCACUCGUUCCUCCCCUCGUUCAAGGGCGCCAAGCCCUACCACCAGGCCUUUGAGCGCGGCGUCAAGCUCAUCGGCGCCACCGCCCACUUUGUCACCGCCGACCUCGACGAGGGCCCCAUCAUCGAGCAGGCCGUCGAGCGCGUCACCCACGCAAUGACCCCCGCCGACCUCGUCCGCGCCGGCUCCGACGUCGAGGCCCGUGUCCUCGCCCGCGCCGUCAAGUGGACCGCCGAGAGGAGGGUCCUCGCCAACGGCGCAAAGACUGUCGUCUUCAACUGA